GGUUCAGUCUCUGCAGCACCGUGGGAGUGUUUCAAUCAAGAGGCACAAUGAGGAGAUGAUGCAUUACAGACGGAGGAGCGCACGCGUGCAUGGAACCGGGGUUGAUGAUAUCGGAUUUAUCUGCAGCACACGGUUAAUGCAGUCUGCUGGAGGAGCUUGAAGUUUUAGGUGAUGAGGGAAAGCCACAGGGGCAUCAUUCUGCUGGAGGCAAGUUCACACUCUCGGAGCAGAAGUUCAAGAUGACAGUAGUUUGCUGGGUGUUCAUGAUCCUCCUGAGCUGCAUGUUUUCCCAUGCUAACAAUUCUCCAAGCAUCAUCUGCAGAGAAAAGCUGAAAAUUGCCCGUGUACCAGUUGGAGUUAACGUGCCUGUGCCCUGCCCAAAGCUGACCACCGAAGAUGUGACGUUUAACCUUCUUAAGGAUGAAGAGGUGUUUUACAACAGCACAUGCAUCCGUGAGAAAAAUGCACAAAACUGUACGCCGUCAUACACCAGAAUGGGUGUGGAACUGCAAGAAAACACAGAGUAUAAUAACUCAGUCAGUUUCCUGCUCACUCGGGUGAAUACAAGUAGCUAUGGUAUCUACAGAUGUGACGGCAUCAUCAUUUACCCUCCUCCCGUCAGAAAAGUACAGAAUACCAUGAUACUGGUACUUGUAAAAGGACAACAAUGUCCACAGCCUGUAAUUGAUGGAGAUCAAAAAGAUAGAUUCCUCUGGUUUUGGAUUCUGGGGAUUGUGGUUCUUGGUGUCUACAGCCUGAUUGUCACCAUCAUUGCAGGCACUGUCUGGGUCAAGUGGCGGAGGUCGGACUCCCAGAGUGACUAUAUGAACACCAAACCCAAAGCAGCGAGGGACCGCAGGAAGAAAAGAGGGGUUCAAAUUCCCAUACCACGACAUUUCUGAUCAGCUGUGCAUCAUUGUCAGUUAGACAUCAACCCUUUGAAAUAUGAGCAAAUGAGCUUGAUUUCAUUUAAAAACAUGGAAAAAGGCAAUGAGCAACGUAAUAA